GCAGACCGUUGGCGUGUUUUUAUUAUAAACAAAUUAUCAAUACAUCGCUCUUAUAAUCCAAAUUAAUUUUUAUCGGCUUCUUUUUCGUUUAAAAUCUGCCAUGAUGACCCAAUUUUGUUUGGCCAUUGUAAUUUGUGUGUUAGUUCACGUUAUACAAUGCGAGGACCCCAAAACAAGCCUAGAAAUGGUAACAAAAUCGGAAUGGGGUGGACGUACAGCAUUCGAGAUAGAUUACGUAAUAAUUCCCGUUAAAAAUAUCGUUGUGCAUCACACUGUUACCCCGAAUUGCCACAACAAACUAGAAUGCAGCCAAACUCUACAAAAUAUACAAAAUUUUCACAUGGAGGACUUGGAAUUUCAUGAUAUUGGAUACAACUUUUUGAUUGGUGGAGAUGGCAGAGUAUACGAAGGAACAGGCUGGCAUAAAGUAGGCGCUCAUACCAUAGGCUAUAACUCAAAAUCUUUGGGCAUAGCCUUUAUAGGUAACUUCUCAGAUAAAUUGCCAAACAGUAAGCAGAUGAAAGCUUUUAAAAAUUUUCUGGCAUACGGAGUAAAAACAGGAGAAAUAGAUAAGGAUUACAAACUAUUUGGAGCCAGGCAAGUAAGCGCUACACAAAGUCCAGGACUUAGAUUGUACAGAGCUAUACAAAAAAUGCAACAUUUUGUGAAUUUGUAAUUACCUAGGUAUAUAAAAUACAAAUUUAUAUAAAGUUAUGCAAGGAUUAACUUUCUUUUCUAAUAUUUUUAUACCAAUAUAUUUUUACAUAAAACCA